ACAAGCAAAAGUUUUCCUGUCGCCAAAAGCAGGAGUCGACAUGGAUAAAAAGGAGAGAUUUUCGUGACCGAAGCAAACAACUUGGGUUAACUUUUUUUUAAAUUUUGUCCUUCGCUGUAAGAAUGAUAACAUAGUCUCCGGUUUUGGGUGGUGUUUUUGUGUGUGAGGACGCGAAAACGGUAACAGUGGAAAAGUUUGAGGCGGCGUCAGACUAUGGCGCGAGACGGCGAAGACACCGGGAUGGCCAAGGCUUCAAGAGCCAAAAGGCAGCGAAAGAAAAAGCCGAAGGAGAACAAAACCAGGACUGUCCACGCCAACAUCCAUUAUGACCACGCCAAGGGAGAGGACAACCCCAACAGACACUACGCCAGCAACAAAAUCAAGACCACCAAGUACACCGUGCUGUCAUUCCUGCCGAAGAACCUCUUCGAGCAGUUCCAUCGCUUUGCUAAUGUUUACUUCGUCUUCAUCGCUUUGCUCAAUUUUGUCCCGGUUGUCAACGCCUUCCAACCCGAACUUGCUCUGGCCCCUGUGGUUUUCAUCCUGUCCGUCACUGCCAUUAAGGACCUGUGGGAGGACUACAGGAGACACAGGUCGGAUAAAGAAAUCAACCACAUGGACUGCCUGGUCUACAGCAGAGAGGGCAAACGCUACGUGGAGAAGUACUGGAAAGAGUUGCGAGUCGGGGACUUUAUCCAGCUGCGAUGUAACGAGAUUCUCCCCGCCGACGUCCUGCUGCUGAGCUCCAGUGACCCGGAUCGCCUGUGCCACAUCGAGACCGCCACGCUGGAUGGAGAGACCAACCUGAAGCAGAGGCAGAUCGUCCGCAGCUUCUUCGACCUGGACUGUGACUUUGACCCAUUAAAGUACAGCAGCAUAAUUGAAUGUGAAAAGCCCAACAAUGACCUGAACCGAUUUCGAGGCUACGUAAUCCACCGAAACGGCAGAAGAGACGCACUUCACAAAGAGAACCUCCUCCUGCGCGGUUGCACCGUCCGCAACACGGAGGAAGCCGUGGGCAUCGUCAUCUACGCAGGUCACGAGACCAAGGCCAUGCUCAACAACAACGGGCCGCGUUACAAACGCAGCAAGCUGGAGAGACAGAUGAAUGUGGAUGUGUGCUGGUGUGUCGUCAUCCUGCUGGUGAUGUGCCUGUUUGUUGCCAUCGGUCACGGGCUGUGGAUGUUUCAGUACGGAGAUAAGAGACCCAUGUUUGACGUUCUUGGUCCUGAAGGGACAGACUUAUCACUCAUGAUGUCAGUCAUUUAUCUCUUCCUCACCAUGAUCAUCGUCUUUCAGGUGCUGAUACCCAUCUCACUCUUCGUGUCGAUUGAAAUUGUGAAGAUCUGCCAAGUGUACUUCAUCCAUCAGGACAUGGAUCUGUACGACGAGGAGACGGACUCCCAGCUGCAGUGCAGGGCGCUUAAUAUCACCGAGGAUCUGGGCCAGAUGCAAUACAUCUUCUCUGAUAAGACAGGCACGCUGACGGAAAACAAGAUGGUGUUCCGGCGCUGCACAGUGGCCGGGGUGGAGUACUCGCACGACGCCAAUGCUAGAAGGAUUGCCAUGUAUCAGGAAAUCGAUUCCGAGGAGGAGGAGUUCAUGUCCCACGGAGGCACCCUGCCCAGACGGGACAGCGUCACCAGCCAUCAGAGCGGACGCGUCGUGCUGCGCUCCCACAGCACCAAGUCCCAUCGCAGGACGGGCAGCAGGGCCGAGGCCAAGCGGGCUAGCAUCCUCUCCAAGCACACGGCCUUCAGCAGCCCCAUGGAGAAGGAUGUCACCCCUGAUCCUCAGCUCCUGGACAGAGUCAAUGAAUGCAGCAGUCAGCUGGACUUCAUGCGCUUCCACCGCCAGUCCGUGUCCCACCUGCCCUCCAGCCUCUCUGAUAUCAUAGAUUUCUUCAUCGCUCUCGCGAUCUGUAACACCGUGGUGGUGACCUCGCCUAAUCAGCCCAGGCAUAAGGUCCGAACAAGGUUUGAACUGAAGUCUCCGGUUAAGACCAUCGAAGACUUCAUCAAGCGCUUCACCCCCAGCCGCCUGACCUCAGGCUCUAACAGCAGCAGCUCUUCCAGUCUCAACCGCUCUUCCAACAAGGGCUGCUCCAGCUUGCUCUCCUCUCCCUCGACAGAGAGCACACUAACCAAGCUGAACGAGGAGCAUCUUUCCGGCACCCUGGAGCAAGCCUUCAGCGCCAUUUCACCCCGCUAUGACGAAAAUCCGCCCGACAACCCUGAGGAAGGAGAGCUGCGCUACGAGGCGGAGUCGCCCGACGAGGCCGCGUUGGUCUACGCUGCCAGGGCGUACAAGUGCUCCCUGGUUGGACGCCUUCCUGACCAGGUGACGGUGGAGCUGCCUCACCUGGGGAAGCUGACGUUUGAGCUGCUGCACACGCUGGGCUUUGACUCCACCAGGAAGCGCAUGUCGGUGGUGGUGAGGCACCCGCUCACCGAUCAAAUCACAGUGUAUACCAAAGGAGCGGACUCCGUCAUCAUGAACCUCAUCAAACUCCCUGACACAGGCAACACCAAAGGAAAACGUCAAAAAAAGAUUUUCUGCCGGACACAGAACUACCUGAACCUGUACGCCGCAGACGGCCUUCGCACACUCUGCAUUGCCAAAAAGACUUUGAGUAAAGAGGAAUAUGCCCGCUGGCUGCAGCGCCACCUGGAGGCUGAGACGGCCAUCCAGGGAAGAGAGGAGCUGCUCUUCGAGUCGGCGUUGAGGCUGGAGACCAACCUCCACCUUUUAGGAGCGACUGGCGUUGAGGAUCGGCUGCAGGACGGCGUCCCGGAAACAAUAGCUACGCUGCGGAAAGCCGGCCUGCAGAUCUGGGUCUUGACGGGUGACAAACAGGAAACGGCAGUCAACAUUGCCUACGCCUGCAAACUGCUGGACCCAGACGAGGAGAUUAUAACGCUGAACGCUGAGUCCCAGGAGGAGUGUGCUGUGUUGCUGGAGGAAAGUUUACGUUACAUCCAGUCCAAAUUCCUCUGCAACUCCAGAGACCCGUCCACCAAGACCUUCCCGAGUAACAUAGUGCACUUCGAGAUUUACCCAUCAUCAUCCCUUUCCUCCUCCCAAACCGCUCACUUCAUGGUGCACCGGCUGGGCUUGGUAAUUGACGGGCGGACCUUGGCCUACGCCCUGGACAAGAGCCUGGAGGAUAAGUUCCUGGCGGUCGCUCGGAGCUGCCGCUCGGUACUGUGCUGCCGGUCCACGCCGCUGCAGAAGAGCAUGGUGGUCAAACUGGUGCGGAACAAGCUGAAAGUCAUGACUCUGGCCAUAGGUGACGGAGCUAAUGAUGUCAGCAUGAUCCAGGUAGCAGACGUUGGCGUGGGGAUAUCCGGACAGGAGGGCAUGCAGGCGGUGAUGGCGAGCGACUUUGCUCUCCCUCGUUUCCGGUAUCUGCAGAAGCUCCUGCUGGUGCACGGACACUGGUGCUACUCUCGGCUGGCGAACAUGAUCCUGUACUUCUUCUACAAGAACGCCAUGUUUGUAGCCAUCAUCUUCUGGUAUCAGUUCUACUGUGGCUUCUCUGGUUCAGCCAUGAUCGACCAGUGGUAUCUCAUCUUCUUCAACUUGAUGUUCUCCGCCUUCCCUCAACUUAUCACUGGUACUCUGGACAAAGACGUGUCGAAAGAGACGCUCCAGCAACUACCUCAGCUCUAUAUGAACGGCCAGAACUCUGAGGAAUAUAAGCCAUACAUGUUCUGGAUGAACAUGAUCGAUGCCUUCUACCAAAGUCUGGUGUGCUUCUUCAUCCCUUACUUUGCCUACGCUGACUCAGACGUGGAUCUGUUUACGUGGGGAACUCCCAUCACUACCAUAGCUCUAUUCACCAUCCUGAUGCAUUUAGGGAUCGAGACCAAAACCUGGACCUGGAUGAACUGGCUGUCGAUAGCCUUCAGUGUAGCUUUAUUCUUCAGCGCCGCUCUGUUCUACAACGCCUCCUGUCCCACCUGCUACUCCCCUUCCAACUCCUACUGGACCAUCCAGAGGCUGCUCCAGGACCCGCCCUUCUACCUGCUGUGCGUCAUCACCCCUGUGUCGGCGCUGCUGCCUCGAUAUUUCUACAGGGCGUGCCAAGGCACUCUGUUUCCAAGCCCGGCGCAGGCCGGGAGGCAGCUAGAUAAGCUCCCUUCCGACACUCGCAGGAACAUCCUCAGUCUGAGCAGGUUCAAGAUGGGGUCGCUGCUGGGUGCCGGACCCAACUUCCUGUCGUUCAGCAAGCCCAAAGUUAGCCAGACGAGCACGCCCGGCUCCAGUCAGGACAAGCAGAGCUCUGUGACGCAAACUCAUAAAGAGAAGGGUCAAAAAAUCCCCUCGGUGCUUCCCCGCCCACACGCCCCGUCGCACGCCAGACACAGCCCUCGGCUCCCCAGGAAGCCAAAACCUCAUUCCACCAAACACUUGGAUGAGACCUUACCGCCGUCGGGUCCGAGUUCGCCCGGCUGGGCGGCUUCCGCGCCGCUGGUCACGCAAAUGGUCAGCAUCCACCUGAACCUGCCCACCGACGGAGCCUCGCAGUGCGUUACAUACACACGGAGCUCAGAGGGAGGACUCCGCUCCGGCCACGGUGCCGAGCCGGCACACAGGACCGUCCCGGCGGCAGAACGGGCGCCACACACCUCCUUAUGAUGUCUCACCGUACAACUCCUGGCAAAAACUUAGGGAGCCACUAGUCUGGGGGAGGGAAUCGCAGUCGGUCUGUUUUACUUUGUAAAUGCUACAGAAACACCCGAAACUAUUUCAUUGAACAGCUGAACUUUGGUGAGAAAACUUCAAAAACGUGCAAGUUGUGUUUAAUGGCACUUUUUAAAAAAUCCAGAUCAAGUAGAGGAAAAAAAAGGAUGAAACUCCUCGAUUAUUACAUGAACCAAAAAAAAAAAAACCUCACUUGGAAAAAAAUUUAUUUAUCAACCAAGGUCCAGUAUUAUAUAGAAUAAGCAGAUCAGCUUCAUGGACACUUGAAGCAUCUAUAGUCUGUGAUUUUUCUAGCAAAAUUCCAUUAUUUAGUUAGUUUUUCACUGUUUUAACACAUUGGCAUUAAAAUAAAAAUAAUUUUUUUAUUCUCUUAUUAUAUCUCUUCUUAUUCUCUUAAGGAGCUACAAUAAGAAAAGUAUAACAAUAUAUGUUUUUUUUAGCAUUGCUGCCAUGAGCCAUCAUUAGCCAUUUAUUGUUGAUUAUUUUAAUAUUUUUAGGAAGAGAGUCAAUUCCAUGUUGCAAGUUUGAGAAAAACCAUCAAAAACGAUUUUAAUACUUUAAGAUAAACUCAGAAUUAUAACUUAAUUGCUAUAUUAAACCGUCUUUAGCAUCUUACGUUAGCAUUUAGAAUUGCUAAAAUGGCGGUCUCCUUGUGUUUUAGAAUCUGGAUUCUUAACUUUACAUUUUUUAAAAGCUGCCAACAUUUCUAAAUUCCAAGCUGUCAUUAAUAAUUUUUUCUUCUUUUAUUCUUCAUUCUUAGUUUUUAAUCGCUCCUGACACCAAAAUGGCUAGCAUCCUCACUCAGUCACCACUUCCACAGCAAAGAGUGUUGUCGCCAACAUAAUCUGGUUACACUUAGUUUUCCCAUCUUCUUAAUCUAAAAGAAAAAGUGGCAUUAUUUAUAGCAUUUUUCUUAGGCACAUUUUAUGACACCCUUAAAUAAUAGCUUUGCUUCAUAUCUGUGUGUUUUUUUUACUCCAAACGACCGACUGACCAUCCUCACAGAGCAGUACAUCCAUAUGUUUUUGGCAGGAGUUGUAUGUUACUCAUUCUCAAUUUUGCACAAUAUUUUUUUUUUUUAAAUCAUUUUUAUUGUAUUCUUUUUACACUAUUAUUUCUUUAAAAGAUAUGCAGAAAGGUACUUUAUUUUGUUUUUCCGUGUACAGUUAAUGUAAUUUUGCUUUAAAGAUUUGGGAGAGGAAAGAACUGGAAAAUCUCCUAAAAAAAAAAAAAAAAAUUCAGCUUUAUUCCUGGGAAAGUUGUGACUUCUCAAAGAUGCGCAUCUCGUUGUCGAUCAGGUUCCGUUGUGCAGGGACAGAACCAAGACGUUCCGCCGUCAGCUCAGCCUGGGGGGGGCAUUAAAACCUGGAACACACACCGCAGCUGCCUUGAAUCCUCGCUGCAAUGACUUCCAAGGACAGAAGUUUUCAGAGAAAUCUCCUGCUUUUAGUUUGUUUAUCCCAGAUAGUGGCCACACCGCUGAACCAGUUUGUCUAUUUUGAAAGCAAAGCAUCUUUAUAGCUGGCGUGUUGCACAGCAAAUUACACUGAAUUGUGAUUUUUUUUUUUUUCCCUCAGCUGCACAUUCAAGAUAUAUUUCUUCUCUUGUGAGAGUUCACAACAGAUCUUUCAUUUCAGUCUGUGUACAUUGACUUUGCCAGGUGUUUUUCUGUGUGUGUGUGCGCGUAUUUUUAUUUUUUAAUUUUUUUUUAGCUGAGAGGUUUUAGUUUAAAGAGUAAAAAGUCUGAAAGUGUUUUCAUGUUGCAUUGCAGGAGAAUCAUUUUCUGUUUUGUUUUUGGGGUUUUUUGUUUGUUUUGUUAUUAAUCCAACCUUUUUCAUUUCAGGACAUACAUGAAGUAGAGAAACAAUCAUUCCUUUUCUUUUUCUGUUUUCCCAAAGACCAAAUUUCAUCCCAUUUUCAGUGUGCUGGCAUCCCGUUAGAGUUUAGUAACUACGACCCAAACAACUGGGUGUGCAUGUAGACGGCUUUGAAUGGUUGUUAUUUAGACCCGAUGACGCCGAGGUUCCGCUGUUUGCUCCAGUUCCACAGCGGUCGCCUCUGGUGUUUAAUUUACCUUGCCGUCCUCGUCGCUGCGUGUGGUGGACAGAUAAAACGCGGCUCCUCAUCAAACAAGUGGCUAUAAAGAAGCGGUUCUCCUUCACGCUGUUAAAAGGCCGGAGAAACAGGAAGUUCUGGUUUACCAAUUAGACGUUCCUCGGCGCUCUAAUAAACGAUGCCAUCACGGCUCUGGAGCUAACCACAGAACACCAGCAUGAAAGGGAGGUGGAUGAGACCUCCUCCAAAGAGGACCGCUUGACAACGCUUGUGUGUUUCAGAUGACUCACCGGAUUUUUUUUAUUUUUUUUUACUUCCUGGCUGAUUUCAUUUAAAAGUAACGUUUUUGUUUUUUUUUAAUGGAGUGUUUAUUAACAUUCUCGUCAAAAGCUCAGGAAUUAUGCAACUCUCACAGUUGUCUGUUUUGGUCUGGAGUUUGGAUUGAAAAGCCAAUUUUAAUUAAUUUAUUUUUUGUUCUGCCAAAGAAAAACUUUUUACCUUCCUUGAACGCUCCUUUUCCCCUGGACACAAAAGCGAGAGUUUAUGUUGGCGUUUUGUCAGUGAAGAUGUCUACAAUGUCGCUGCUCCAAGCCAGUAAUUUGAAUGCAAUACAUUGCCAAGAUACCGAGGUGCUGUCACUGCCACAAGUAGCCAUGUUGUCUGAAAUCAUUUGUUUUACUCUGACUUUGCAAAUGUUUAGCUUUAAAUCUGGUUUAAUAAGUUUCUUAGAUAAAGGUGAGCUAUUGAAGUGUUUAAUUGCCAGCGGUAACGUGAUGAAUUCAGAAGAUAUUAAAAUGAGCAAGUUUCUCAUUUUAGCAUAGUUUUGUGAGUGUUUUGCUGUCAUAACGAGAAAUCUUAUCAUUUAAAUGAGACACUUUCUACAAAAUUCAUUUCCUAGCUUUGGCAGUUAAACAAAACAAUGUUUGAGGCUGGAAAGAUGAAGGCCAACCCUAACCUUGUUACCAGCUAGCUAUGAUGAGAGCUAGCUGGUAGCUAGCAUAGAAAUUGUGUCUCUUAACGCUAAAUUGUGUUUUUGUUUUUUUAUUAUUAUUAUUUUGUUGUUAAAAAUCCAUGCAACCAUCUGGUUACUCAUUUCAGUGUGAAGUAAACUCUGCUAAGUUAACACUUUAGCACAUUUAGCAAGCUUUGUAAGAGGUAGGAGGCUCUAAACACAGGUUAGCAUCCAGUCUUUAGUGCUAAGCUAGCUGUUUUCUAACUGCUAACUGGUACUCAGCAGGCAAACAGAACGAAGUUCAAGCUAGCAAUCAGUUUUCUUAGCAAAAUAGAUAUUUUCAAGGGAUAGAGAAGUCUUCAAAAACAGAUUUUAACCACCAACACGGCGUUAUGAGAGUUUUGAAGCUGUAUUUACUUUUAUUCUGCCCAAAGCUAAAGGGGCAUACGAGGCCACGUUAAUGCAAACCAGUAAAACCUCCAAUGAGUCACAAAAAAAUGGUCUGGUAUUUAACAGCUGGAAAAUCACAAAAUUUAGUUGUUUUUUGUUUUGUUUUGUACCAAAUGGGAUAUAUUAAUUAGUGGGAUUUUGAGUCGCUGGGAGGCAGCUUUUCUUCCCAGUCUAAGCUAAGCUAAAUCGACCUUUGUGGCUCUCAACUUUAUUAUCGUUGAAGCAAGUGUGCAGAUAUAAAACUAUUUGCUUGAAGCGCCGAUUUGUUGCUCCUUAGCAUGUUCUUACUUGAAGGGCCUCAUGAGAACUUCUAUCACAUGCUGUUUUUUUUGUUUUUUUAGCUAGCCAAGUGUGUUUCUGCCAGUGUUUCGCUGUAAACCAAAUCCCCAAGUGCUGAACCGUCUUUCCAAUUGACAUUCCUUCAACGUUUAUAUUUGCACUUUAAAGCAUUUCAUCAGACCCGUCAUUGAGGAUUUCUGUUGCACAUGUUUAUUCACACGAUGUCGCAAUUCAAUAUGCAAAAAGAGAUGGGAGGUAUUUUGUUCGACUAACACUAUCUUUUUUUCUUCUUCUUUUUUUAAGUGUGUAGAAGUCGAUGGGAAAUUGACCAAACUGAACUUUUUACUGGGAAGCAUUGCAUUUACCUUUAACUGUGUUCAAUGCAUUUUUUAAAGCAAACCUAAUACUAAAAGUAAUUUAUAUCUACCUUGUUUUUCUUAGUAAUAGUAAGUGCCUUGACACUGGAUAAGAAAUUGCUGGAUCUGUUUGAUUAAAUAUGAUGGAGCAUUUUUUUUUUUUUUUUUUUGGAUUUUGUACAGAUAUUUAUGAGGAUGUGUGGCAUCUUUGCCCCUGACUUUCCCACCCCCUCUCUUGUUUUCAUGGCCUUUGCACACAAAUUCCUUCUCUGGCAUGUUGUUUAGUUUGAGACUCGUCAGUCUGUUUGCUGUGUUUCAUCCGUUCUGUUCGUCCUGUACCCUCCGUGUGCCAGAAAGAAGCUCCAUCAUGUUCUGCUGCAUUCCGUCGUGCUGAUUUCCACUUAAUACAACAUUGAGCUUUUGCACAACAGAUAUCUAUGAGUAUAUGUGGUAAUUGAGCUUUUUUUGGGGGGGGUGGCAGGGGAAUCAUCCACUUUUUUGUCCUUUGUAUUAAUGCCAAGUUCUGAUAAGUAAAACGUUGGCGAGGAAUCCUGAAUUGCUUCAGCUCGGUAAAGAAUGUGGAAAACUGCACAAGGUUCAGUUCCACAAUUUUUUUUGUCAGGUUCAUGUUGUUUUUAGUUGUUCCAAAUGUUCCGUCUAUGGCUGCUUGUGAUCAAAAUAAAACUGCAAGAAUAAAGUAUAAUUUUUACAAAAUUA